AUGGCGCAAGUUGGGGACGAUGAUGAUGUUGGUAAUGGAGGUCGUGAAGAUCUAGCAACGAGAGUACUUGAGGAUUACCAUCCUGCUAGGGUUUUCACCCUGGUCUACCAACCCUUUGCCCUUGGAACAAUGGCGAUUCUAACUUACAACGAGGCAAGGAUCAACACAAGAAAGCGGAACAUAGUGGGCUACCUAUUGGCUUCUGCCAGCACUUUGAUGCUGCUUCUUCUGGAUCUGGCCACUUCAGGCAAGGGAGGGAUCGGACCUUUCGUCGGAAUCUGUGCCGUCGUUGGUAUCUUCGGCGUCGCAGAUGUCCAGGUGAACGGCGGGAUGGUCGGUGACCUGUCUCUUAUGUGCCCCGAAUUCAUCCAGGUGCUGAAGACUUUACUCUCCCCAAACACGUUACACUUGCAAAAUUCUUUCAGUAGUGCUUUAACGUCCGAAAUGUGCACAGUCCUACUACGCUGGCAUGGCUGCAUGUGGCGCCAUGACCGCAGGCUUAAGGUUGAUCACGAAAGCAGCUUUCGAAAAUGCUCGUUAUGGCCUUCGCAAAGGAGUUCGUACGUUGAAUCUCUUACCGCACAACGCAUCAUUAUUGAAUCCAAACUACUGAGUUUAAUUUUGAUUUCACAUAUAUAUAUAGCUGAUCUUCCUUUUGUUGCAGUAUUGUUUAUGGCAGUCUCGACAUCCAUGGAGUUCCUCUGUUUUUUGCUCUACGCAUUCUACUUACCCAAAAUCCCCAUAGUUAACUACUACCGGAAUAAAGCGUCCAUGGAAGGAUCCAAGACGGUGUCAGCCGACCUUAAGGCUGCUGGCAUACACACACCAACUACCGAUCAGGGAGAAAGAGGCUUCAAACCACAUGUUCGACUAAGCAGCAAAGAGCUACUAAUUCAGAACAUGGAUUACGCAACAGUCUUGUUUCUUGUUUACAUGCUGACGUUGUACAUGCUAGUUCUCAUUGCAACGUUCAACAGCGGGGAUCUGUUAGGGCGCUAUGUCAUUCUAGUGGAACGGAUCAAGCUGAAGUCACGCAGGGGACUGAUGACGGCAGCCCUAGCUCGGUUCUUGCUUGUUCCUGCAUUUUAUUUCACGGCCAAGUAUGGAGACAAAGGAUGGAUGAUUGCUCUCACUUUGGUGUUAGGCCUCACAAACGGCUACCUCACGGUUUGUGUCAUGACCUCAGCGCCACAGGGCUACAAGGGUCCAGAGCAGAAUGCAUUAGGGAAUCUGCUGGUGUUCUUCCUGUUGGUCGGAAUAUGCGUCGGGGUCGUGCUAGACUGGAUGUGGCUGAUUGGAAAUAAGAAUGCCUUCUGA